CUUUCUGCUGCAUCAAAAGAAUUUAACACCAAAUCACUUGCGUUUUUUGCAUUUUCAAAUUCUACAGAGAUACAACCUUACACAGCGAGUCAUAUCAAGUUGACAAUGGUGUGCGACGGCCCCGAUCCUCCCGACAAUUCGCCACAUGAACUCACGCCUCCCCCUCGACACGAUCUCAUGAUGAAUGGUAACAAUGCAGAAGAAAGCGAUGAAGAAAACGAAUAUUUCGGCUACGAACCAUUGCCACAGGGACCUGAAGCUAUGCAUUCCGACCACGAAAACAGUGACGACGAGACACAGAAUAUGGAUACCCCACAAGGACCCACAAAUGAGGUCCCUGCCAUUGAGCCCAUGGAGGAUGUGCUGACCAGAGAAGUGUGGAGCGCGCCUCGUCCGGUAGACCCCAUUCAAAUGGACAAUGAGAGAGCCCAACAGGUAAUGUCAGCAAUGGCCAACUUUGCUCUACCCCAGGCUUCCAUCCCCGACUGGGCUCAGAGUGUCACCGAGGACCAGUGGAAACAGACCCUGCAUGACAGGAUAGAGAGACUCCGGAGCAACAGAUAAAGCUAUGAUAUUUAUUUAUUUAGGUUUUAAUUAGUUUUAACUAUCCAAAUGAGUUGUGGGGCAAAAUCACUUCAGAGUGGGAGCCCGGAAACUCAAAUCGGGUAUCUGGCAGACCCUGCAGACGAUUGCGGGAUGAACUGGACUCCUUCUCAAAGGAGUGGCCAGACAUGGCACUGGACAGAGAUUUGUGGAGAAAUUGGGGGGAGGCCUUUGCCCAGCAGUGGGACACGACAGGCUCCAAAUAAUAAUUUAACUAUUCAGUAUGUAAAGGUAAUCAGUAGUGUCCGACUGAAACUGGAUUUUUUGCGGAUACCGAAACCAAUUUUUUUAAGUAAAUAAAAGCAAGUCAUUG